UGUUUCUCGAAGUGGGUGUAGACUGUGCUCGUACAUAUUGGUGUAGUUCUUGGAGCUGUCUUUUUUUUUUCACCUUGCAGAACUGACAACUGCGAGUGACUGUAAAACAGAGGACUGUCUUCAGUAUGGAUCCCGGAUAUGGCACCCCAAGAUCUGUUGAUGCUGUAGAUCCGACUGCGUCAUAUGAUACAUGGCCGACUUUGCCAUCUACUCGUGAAAGCCGUGGCUCGCGUUGUUUCUGCUGUCGCUGGCGUUUAUCAUGGUCUGCUGUGAGCGUUGUGGAGAUCGCACUGGAACUUUUGACUGUUGUGCUCUACUUCUUCUUCACCAAAACCAUUCUGAAACGCAUGCUACCAGCUGGCACGGUGAAGGACGAACAAGUGACACCGUUAUCGGAGUGGAUGUUGCGAAUGGUGGGGAGCAUGAUAUGUGUACAGGUCAGCAUGAACAUUUGGCUCUUUGAUGUGGAGGUCGCUGUACAACCCAUCCACUCACUCAUCCACGCGAUGGCCAACACCUGCCAGAUCGAUCUUCAUCCUGCUUCUGCAGUCGCUUUGUCCUUGAUAAAGAAACUGAAAAAGUUAUCAGCUCAGCAAUUUCAAGCAAAGCGUUUGCCAUCUUCCCUCUCUGGAAACUCAGAGCUGAAACUCAUCUUCCCCCCCCCCCCCNUUCAUAGUAUGUCAGAGUGGAAUGCUGUCAACAUUGCCAUGGUCACUUUAGCAUCUGCAUUUGGACUCUUUAGAGUGAUCACGCUGAUUUUUGACCCUGUUUGGUGGUUGUGGGUGCCAGACCCUAACUACGAAACAAACUGAUGUAAAAUAAUUGAUAAUAGCCGUAGUUAAAUUCUUUACAGAAGUUAGAAUGCACUGCAGUUUCUGUAAACCAGCAAUGUGAAUUGUGGUGAAUGCGAACCUCAUAUCCUCAUCUGUCUUAAUUCAGGGGAAGGGUUGGAGUGUAGAGAGAGACCCUAGGAGGGAGGUUGACAGUAAUAGGGUAGCAGACCUGGGUAACGUGUUUAUAUCCUUGUUGCCACCCAAUUCAGACCGGGUGAGUAUUCAUUUUUGAGGUUACAAUAUUAUUGUUUCUGCCACACACAACUUAUUGCUUGGAAGUAUGUGCAAACGGAUUAAUUGUAACCUCGCAAAUGAAUCAUCGUGUGAUCUAAAUUAGAUGGCAACAAGGAUGUCAACAUGUUAAAAAAACAAAUCUGUCUACUGGCUCUGUUAUGUUCUACUUUCUCUUUCCCUCACAAGUAUGCAACAUCAAAAAGCCUAUGUAAGACAGAUAUUAAUUUUGAGGUAUAUGCAGAAACACAGUGUAGUAGUAGUUAAAUGUGAAAGGCUUACAGUGACACUAGCUAAGCUUUUAAAAUAAAUUGUAACGCUCAUUACCUCAGAGAAAUAUAGAUGAAAUAACUGAAAAUUACAACAAGAUGGCAGCUUCAAUCAAUGAGAUGUGACGUCUUAGAAAUGCGGCCAAAGUCUGGAAACUGGGAAACGAGAGAGAAGACAUUGUUUAGUUCAGUGG